AUGAGUUCUGAUUUCGCCACGGCUGAUUUAUUUAUUACCAGAAAGAAACAUGAUAGUUGCUAUGAGGCAGCAGUUCUGUGUGACGAAUACAACCAGAUACUAUUCAAACUAUUCAACGUUUAUUCAAAGGAAUACAAUAAUUCCAGAUACCACAGUGUCGAUGACCACCUCCAACUGUUGGUAGACUAUGAAAUCAUGCCUGAGUUCAUAUCCAAAGAUGCGGCAGUCCAAAACUUUAUGAAAAUCGUCACCCAGAGAAAUGACGCCAGUAAUCUGAUAGCUGCCAAUUAUAUGAAUUAUGAAAUGUUUGUCGAGAGUAUUGGACGGAUCGCUAUGAUCGUAUUCGAAAACCCUUCCUUAAAGAAACAAAAUAGCACGAUAUCAGAAAAGAUUAAUGCGUUUAUCACUAUUUGGCACCUAGGAGACCAAAGUUUAUUGGUGUUACACAAAGAAGAGAGGUCAAUGGCUGAGUGUAAUGCUGAUGGAUCAUUGUGCUGUUGUUUGUUUACUACCAUAUUGGUUUAUAUAGAUUCGGAGUGUUUUAUUUUUAUAUGGUUCCACUCUUCCUCUCUUUCAAGCUUCCUUUUUGCUUAUUCCUGUGCUAGACUGACUAUUGUCGCAUAUUCACUCUGCUUUACAACAACAACAACGUAG